UCUUCACUCUUCAUACUUUAUGUUCUCGGCAGAUAUAUACGUUAGUGUCUUCCUUGCAUUUCUUUCUCCAUUCUUUGCAAUUUGAAAAAUAUUUUAGGAUGAAUAUUCAGACGUGUGUAACGUUAGUCCAAAUGAAUUGAUACAGAUUGAAACAACGUAAAGAUAAGCGGUAAUAUGUUCAAGAAUAUAAUCUAAUCAUGGAGUACGUUAGCGAGAUACUUUUGCUCGGAGUUGAUACGAUUGUAUUCACCAUCUGUUUGAAACAGUAUAUUCAUUACAAAAAUACGAUUAAGGCAAUCAAGAGUGUCGAGCUGUACGACGUUGGUACAGAUUUGGAGAGUCUAUUGGAUAAGAGCCCAAAUAACAAAGUUGAUUACAUCGCUGUCAGAGGGAUUGUGAAACCGUUACGAGACUCGUUGCAGAGCGUUAAUAAAAAAGAUGUUACCGGAGUCAUACAGAAACUUAGUGUCAGAGAGCACGUUGUCGCAAGAACGUCAGCUGGUUAUUGGUCCGACCAAGAACGGACAAUUCAUCAAGUGUGUAAUAGCGUACCGUUUGUUCUGCGUAAUAGAUGGUACUCUGUAGAAAUAAUAGAUCCAUUAUCCGCUGAUAUUCUAGAUUUGGAAGUAAUCUCUGAUAAUUUUCAACCUAGUGUUCCUACGAUUAUAGAUCACAUAUGGGGAUUUUUUACAGGAGUGCGUCAACGUGGUAUACAGUCCACAGAAAAAAUGUUGCGUGAAGAUUCAGUUGUCACAGCAAUAGGUGAGCUCUCGAGGUCGAAAACUAAAUCCAAUUAUUUUACCUCGCAACCUCCACUAAAUGGAUCUUUUUAUAUAACAAGCAUGUCGAUUGACGCCUUGAUACGGAAAUUGGACCAUCGUCAAAAGAUAUAUAGGAUAUUUUGUUUGAUGAGUGGUGUAAUUGGAUUAGUACUUGGUGGAAUUAUGGCAAGACGCUAUUGGAAGAAUAAACAAGAACAAAGAUUGGCAGAGCAGUUACGUCAAUCGCUCGAAGCAUCUCGCCAAGAAAGACGCCAAAGAGUCAGGGAUAUUGAUCUCAGGGAAGAUCAAAUAUGUGUGGUUUGCAGGACGAAUGCACGUGAAAUUAUUUUACUACCUUGUGGUCACGUAUGCAUAUGCGAAGAUUGCUCAGUUAGCAUCAAUAACAAUUGUCCUAUUUGCAGAACACAAAUCACUCAUAGAUCUGCGGCAUAUAUAGUAUAAAUUUUAUUUUGAUAUGCAAAUUUUAUAUAACAAAAAUGUUUUUAUUGUAUUAGAAAAUGUAUAAAGAUGAUGAUUGAUUAAAAUAAUAUUGUCCUAUGAUUCUUUUUUAC